AUGUCUCCCGUCCAGCAAUACUGGCUUCCGGGAUAUGGGUUGUCCCGACAUAUUGUCCUAGGCCAUAUCCAGUACUUUCUUGGACCAACCGCAACAGUCAGACCCUACAGUUACCAGGGGCGCGAGGGUUAUCUCAUCAAUGGCGUGCCACUCACGCGGGAACAAAUUGAUGAUCUUGCGGUAAUGUCCCGCGAGUAUGAGAAGCAAGAAGCUACUCGCAUGGCCCACAAUACCAGCGGCGCCUCGACUUCUAGCCCCAGCAGCGACAACCCGGCAGCUCAGUCUGAGCCAUACAUCAAUGAAAUCAUCCCUAUUAACCAACCGGGAACACGCAGGCCUGCAGACUCGCGAGGCGGUCGUUGA